UGAGAAUUGUACCCGAAGCCGAGACAUGGGUGCACGCAUGCGCGACAUGCGCACAGCGUAGAUGCAUGCGUACUUAUGCAUGCAUCAUACACUCUGCUGCUCUCAGAUACAUCCCGUUCUCCCUCCAUCGCUGCUUUGCGUAGAUUAAAUUGAUUCACGUGACAUUACCAUCAUAUCUACGUCUGGUCGAUGCUUGCGUUUCUCGGGAUUCCGCGUGGAUCACUAUUUGAGAUAAUACAGGGAUUCAUAAGAUAGAUGUAUAUCGAUAAAUAGAAAGGCAUUCCGUGUGAAAAACCAUCAGAGGGGAAAUUAACUAAGAAAUGUUGGACGCUAAUCAGGAUGCAACUCUUCACCAUACAACAAAUAAUACUUUUCUGGAUCGAAGUACUCGAUACGAUGACAGCUCGUCGCAUUUUUCAGCUGAUUCAGAUGAUAUCCCAGGUAUUGGCCAAUAUGACGACUUCCAUACAAUAGACUGGCAACGAGAUAUUGCUAGAGAUCGCAUGCGUCAUCGUUAUAUCGUGAAAAAGAAGCAUGAUUCAAUUUGGGAUUUAAUAAAAGGUGCCCACGAUGCUUGGUCGGGAUGGUUGUGUGUUCUGUUUGUUGGCUUGUUUACUGGAGUAGCUGCAGGUAUCAUCGAUAUUGGUGCUUCUUGGAUGACCGAUUUAAAAUUUGGGAUCUGUCCAGAAGCUUUUUGGCUAAAUAAGGAGCAGUGCUGCUGGAGUUCAAAUGAAACAACAUUUGAUGGUGGGAAUUGCUCGCAAUGGUGGUCCUGGCCCGAAGUAUUAAAUCAAUCGAAAGAAGGUGCAGGGCCGUACAUUAUUUCAUAUAUUUUUUACACUGCUUGGGCCCUCUUAUUUGCAUCAUUGUCUGCAUCCUUAGUUAGAAUGUUUGCACCAUAUGCGUGCGGAUCUGGAAUACCUGAGAUUAAAACUAUUUUAAGCGGUUUCAUUAUUCGGGGGUACCUGGGAAAAUGGACUUUGAUAAUCAAGUCAGUCGGUUUAAUUCUCUCCGUAUCUGCUGGUUUGAGCUUAGGGAAGGAAGGGCCGAUGGUUCAUAUUGCCUGCUGCAUAGGAAAUAUAUUUUCAUAUUUAUUUCCAAAGUAUGGACGAAAUGAAGCUAAAAAAAGAGAAAUCUUAUCGGCUGCAGCAGCGGCAGGAGUAUCUGUGGCAUUCGGAGCACCAAUUGGAGGUGUUUUAUUUAGUUUAGAAGAGGUCAGCUAUUAUUUUCCUCUGAAGACAUUAUGGCGCUCAUUCUUUUGCGCUUUAGUGGCUGCCUUCAUUCUGAGGUCGAUAAAUCCAUUUGGGAACGAACACUCGGUGCUCUUCUACGUUCAAUACAAUAAGCCUUGGAUAUUUUUCGAGUUAAUACCAUUUGUCAUGCUUGGAAUUAUCGGAGGAAUAAUAGCAACUAUAUUUAUCAAAGCAAACCUUUAUUGGUGUCGGUAUCGUAAGACGUCAAAACUUGGUCACUACCCCGUUACAGAAGUUUUGGCCGUAACUAUUAUUACUGCAGUAAUUGCUUAUCCGAAUCCUUAUACAAGAAUGAGUACGAGUCAACUCAUAUAUUUAUUAUUCAGCCAGUGUGGAGUAUCCAAUGCUGAUAUUUUAUGUGACUAUAACCGGAAUUUUACUGGCGUGAAAUCGGCGAUCGAAAUUGCUGCAGCUGGCCCCGGAGUUUAUCGAGCUGUGUGGCUUCUUGUGUUAGCUUUAAUUAUGAAGCUCGUCAUGACGAUAUUUACUUUUGGCAUGAAAGUCCCAUGUGGUUUGUUCAUACCGUCUCUUUGCCUAGGGGCUAUCAUGGGUCGAAUAGUUGGCAUAGGAAUGGAACAACUCGCCUAUAAUUAUCCACAUAUUUGGAUGUUUAGCGAAGAAUGCUCUACCGGGGUGGAUUGCAUUACGCCUGGAUUGUACGCUAUGGUCGGAGCUGCAGCUGUACUCGGUGGCGUGACCAGAAUGACCGUAUCCUUGGUCGUGAUCAUGUUCGAAUUGACCGGUGGUGUCAGAUAUAUCGUUCCACUGAUGGCAGCUGCCAUGGCGAGCAAAUGGGUCGGAGAUGCUCUUGGCAAGCAAGGCAUUUACGACGCGCACAUUGGCUUGAACGGAUACCCCUUCUUGGACAGUAAGGACGAAUUUCAACAUACAACCUUGGCCGCUGAUGUGAUGCAGCCCAAGCGAAAUGAGGUUCUUCACGUCCUUACUCAAGAUUCCAUGACGGUUGAGGAUGUUGAAACGUUGUUAAAGGAAACCGAACACAAUGGUUUUCCAGUUAUAGUUUCUAAGGAUUCCCAGUAUUUAGUCGGAUUCGUUCUGCGACGAGAUCUUACCCUGGCCAUAGCAAGCGCAAAACGGAUGAUCGAAGGGAUUACAGGGCGCUCACUUGUUAUUUUUACUAGUGGGAACAACGUUCCGAUUCAUGACCAUCCACCUUUGAAACUAAAAAAAAUUCUUGACAUGGCUCCAAUUACAAUUACAGACCAAACUCCAAUGGAGACUGUCGUUGACAUGUUUAGGAAGCUUGGUUUAAGGCAGACACUUGUAACACAUAAUGGGCGUCUUCUGGGCGUAAUCACAAAGAAAGAUGUUUUAAGACACGUCAAACAGUUGGACAAUGAAGAUCCAAACUCCAUAUUAUUUAAUUAAAUGAAAUGGUAUUUGAUAUUUUGGCGUAUUUAUUGAAAAAAGAAGGAAAUUUAUUUAUGAACAUACAUCAGAUCGCGUUGCAGCCAUUUGUCAUUGUGUUUCCAGUUUGUAUCGACGUAUCGAAGUACACAUACUUUCCCCGUACA